AAAGACGUGUUAAAAAAGGCAAGCACGUCUCUUUUUUUAACCAAUCACCAUUAUUCUUUAUCUAAGCAUAGAAAUUUAAACUCUCUGUACACAACCCUACUUUAAAUUCUUGGUAUGCAAUAAUGGAGUUCAAUUAUCGAACAAUUGGUGAACAAGCUUCUCCUUACAGUUUCCUCACAGAACAAGCCUCCCGAGGAUAUUUGAGACCGCCUGGUAACGAUUUUCUGGAGCAAAGAAAAUUGCGUGAAGCGAUUCUUAUAGAGCUAGAGAAAGAAAGGAUCAGACAAGAGGUAAUCGCGACAGAGAUAGCUAGAAAACGCGCGGUGGUAGACGAAUUGAGAAGAGGGAAGAAUGGCCGUAUAGAGAGAUCAAUUGGCUUUGCAAAUCAUUCGCACGAAUCACUUGUGGAAGAGAGAAUCGGAAUGUCACUGGAGAAGUGGUUGGGGAUUAGGGCAGCGACCAGGCAAGAAACGGCACCGUUUCAUUACAGGUACCAUUGAAAAUUAUGAAGAUAUUCAUCGCAUGUUUGGUUGCAUGGAUUUCAACAGUCUCUCCUUGGUGCCUCUGAUUGGCUGAUUCUGUAAUGGGUUCUAAAACAAUAAUGGCGUUACUAAUAAGUACUCUUUUCCAUAUGCAUAUUAAACCUACAAUUUCAGAAUCCUUAUCAAUAUGUUAUCAAAAAUUGUCGGUUAUUAUAAUUUCAUUUGCAAGAUUUUAUGUAGAAACACUUGGGGUUCAUUUGGGUUGUACUUCACUUUUGAGUUUUGAAUUCAUUUUUUAGUUUUUCGUUUUCA